AUGCUCGAGCGUGCUUCGACAUGCCUCGAAUCCGGCGGACGCCAGCUCUUCCGUGCUCCGAAGCCAUGUCUACGCAGUCGGCGCACAAUACACUCAACCCUUUGGCACCACGGUGCAAGCGAUCUCAGUCUCCCGACCUGGUUGACCGCAACCCCGAUUUUCGAAAACACAGGUGGUGACGUGGAUGAUGGAGCGGCGAAGAAAGCUAGUACGGACGAAAAAAGUCAGGACUGUGUGUUGCUCGACUUUCUGUACCCAGAGAAGACGCUUGCGCUCCUUAAAAGGUCAUCCGUCAAACGACUCAAUACACUAGAGACAAGGCGACGGCAGCCGUAUGCGAUUGGAGUUCGCCAUUUCUCGACAAUACGAACGCAACCCCCGCACUACGAGGCACAAUUAGAUGGGGACGUGGUGGAACAGGCCAAAAAGGAGGCAGCAAAGCUACUGCGAGACUCGGAUGCAUACGUGGAGCUGCAAAAGUUUCUGAGAUCGCCACGACCUGGGGAGCAGGAGUUGGCGUGGCAGCUGUACACUGCUAUUCCCGAGGACCGUCUGGCAGGUCAAAGAAGAAUGCGAUGUGAUCUCCUCAAAUAUCUCGUCCAGGACGGUGAGCCUGCAGUACCGGAGCGAGUUCUCCAGGUGUUUGGUGAGCUUCGACCAGCCGCUCGCCGGUUAUCAUCAUACAGGGCAGCUAUCAAAGCAUACAUUGCACUAGGAAUGGUUGGGCCAGCAAUCCAGCUGCUGGACGAGCUCGCCCAUCCUACGAAUCACCACAAGAGUCUUAAUAUAAUGCGUAGCGGCAUAGACGUCAUCCUUCAUCGGCUCGUUCUCGACGAGCAGUGGGAUCUUGCUUUUCGUGUCUUCAGGACAUUCCGACGGCAGACGCAUGCAAUCCGUGGCAUGGCUACAUACAAGGCGAUAUGCUACGGAGAUACGCUUCCAGAGAUAUGGGGUGAGGUGGCAGGAUUGCCAGAACUGCCGGAGCAUUUCCAGUCUUUCUUACGGUAUGUCGGGGAGUCUCAACCCGAACUCAAGUCUUCGCAGCCAUUAGAGCGUGACUUGGCCUGCUUCGUCAUGACCUUCGUACCCCACGUAAUGGAUCGUGUCUUGAACACUAAAGAACUCGACGAAGAUUUCGUUUGGGAUUACUUCAUUAGACUCUUUGACGACCUCCACGCUCUACAACUCCCCACUUCAGCUUGCUAUGAGUAUGCUAUCAAACAGCUACUGAAUCUCCCACGUUACCAACAGUACAAUAACCAGCGAAAGAUUCCGCUCGAGCUAUAUAGAAGAUACCGACAGUUGUACCUCGACCAGACCGAACCCACUUCUGAAGCAAGACCAUCGGCGAACUUGAUAAGGAACCUGAUCUAUCAACACUCUACGCAAGGUGGCUUGGGGCGCGUUCAAGAACAUUUACAAGAUCUACGCGCUUGGUACCCCAAUCAGCCGCUACAGCCCGGGCUUCUUAAGCACUUGAUUCGGACAUAUGCGGAUGCUGGUCACGCGGAGAGGGUGCACGAAUAUGUCGAUGAGCUUAGGUCAUCUUACAAAGACGAAGCGACCAUCGAGGUUCUGUCAUCACUCCUCUAUGUGUACGCACGAAGGGCAGAUGUCGCCGGCACGAUUACGCAAUUCAAACGCAUACACGAAGAGUUUCAAAUGACUCCCGAUACCGCCUGCUGGAACAUUUUACUGCUUGCCUACGUCCGCGCCGAAGAUCUCGAUGGCGCUCUCGAAUGCUUUAACAAUUGCUUAGACUAUGGCGUUGUACCAGAUGUGAACACGUUUGGGCCUCUGCUCGACUUCUGUGCUCAUAGAGGCGAUGUUGAGGCUUUUGAGACACUAUUCUCGAAGGCCAAGCAGAUGGGGAUACAACUCGACAUGGAUGUUCGUGCAAGAGCGGGCUAUGUUGAAGCAUUUAUGAACGCUGGGGACGAAGAAGGCGCCGAAGCAAUUGCCCAAGGCAUGCUUAGUAGUUGGAAGGCAGGGAGACUCCACGGAGAACCUCUCACACACACCUGGAAUCUGCUGAUCCAACAGCGCGCUCUAGACCGCGACUUGGCGGGUAGCAGAGAGCAAUACAAACAAAUGGUCCAAAACAACAUCCCUCUGAACAGCUGGACUUAUGGCAGUCUGAUGCGAGCAUUAGUCGAAGUAAAGCAAACCAAUGCGGCUUACAAACUGUUGAGAGUUACAAUGCCGGAACAAGGAUUUCGGGUUCACGCACUACACUACGCUAUAGUCAUGACGGGCUUCCUGAGGGAGGGGCAGUAUGCCCAUGCGGUUAAAGCUUACGAAAGGAUGAAGGAACGCAAGGUCCCGCAAACAGAGAGCUCUCGCCAAGCCUCAAUACAAGUGCUUGGUUUGGCUGAUCGUCGAAAGCUUGAAAAGAGAGGAGCCAAACAUCCAAACUACAAACUCCUCAGGGUCGAGGAGGCUCUUGAAGAAAUGCUUGCCUCCAGUACAGCUCGGGAGAUCGCUCAUCGACAACCUGCACACGAACGAUCGACUGAUGUACACGACCCUGGUGCUCUUCCACAAUCCUACUACGGCCUUAUGAUAUCGUUGUACAGCGCUCGAUCAGCGUACAAAACCUGCAAGAAGCUUUUCCAAAAGGCUGAAGCAUUAGCACCAGACUCCGCGAACUACACAACACCGUUGACCCUUACCACGUCAAUAAUGGAGGCCCAUCUCAAGGCUGGCGACCACGCCGAAGUGGCUAAAUGUUGGGAAUUGGCACACGCUUCAGCCGCAAAUCUCACAAAGACCUUCCACCAAGCCGUGCACCAACCCGCCGCCGUCUCUAAUAACCCUGAAACCUCCGACCCUACUGAACACGAGUCCCUUAUCGACCCCUUGGUUCAACAACGCUUUCAAGAAUCACGCAUAUCAAACAAUCGUCGCAAUAUCCUCACUAAGCCUGCCCGCAUCUACAUUCGUAGUCUGCUCGCCCAAUCUGAGGAUCCCAACGCCUUGCAACAAGCACAGCACACUAUCCGCGACCUUCUCGUCAACGGUUUCACGAUCGAUACUCUCAUCUGGAACGAGUUUAUCCAGCAACUCGUUCUCCACGAUCGCCUAAUUGAUGCCUUCACCAUUUGCGAAGCAUACCUCAUGCCACGCUUCCCCGGUUGGCGCGAGCUCAUCCCCAACUACAUCCGCAAUGAUCGCAAGGGCUUCCAGUGGAUGGAGCUUCGCCACCACGAAAUCAAGAAGUCAAGCGUACUUCCGCGGUACAAGACUAUGGUCUUGCUAGCUAAGGCCUAUGGCCAGGUGAAGAGUGACGAGAGGAACGGCAUAGGAUAUGAUGCCGAUGCGGAGGCUUGGAUGGCAGAGAUUCUUGAACGUAGCGCGCCAUUGACUGUCAGGGCUCUUGAUACGAUGCCCAGGACAUUCGAUCAGUUACAGGAGAGGUACUUCAAUGGUGUUUUGUAG